GUAUGAACUCGAUCGUGAUUGUGGCCGGCGCCAACAUGCUGCUCACUCCGGCUGACGUACAGGCGGCGGACGCGCUGUUCAACUCUGCGCGCGUGCUGCUCUGUCAGCUGGAGGUGCCGCUGGAGACCACGCUGGCGGCUCUGCGCGCCGGCCGUGCACACAAUGUGACUACCGUUGUGAACGCAGCGCCAGCCAUGCCGGUCAAGGAUAACGAGCUGUUUGAGCUUUCCGAUAUCUUCUGCGUCAACGAAACGGAGGCCGAGGUAAUGACCGACCUGCCGGUGACCUCUGUCGAGGAGGCAGAGCUCGCCGCCGCCGCGCUGCUGCGACGCGGCUGCCGCGCCGCUAUCGUCACCCUGGGUGCGCAGGGCGCCGUGUACGCCGCAACUGGACGGCAGAGCGUGCACGUGGCCGCGCCGCCCGCCCAGGAGGUGGUGGACACGGUGGGCGCCGGAGACGCGUUCCUGGGCGCGCUCGGCUACAUGCUGGCCUGUCUGCCGGGUCUGGCAGUCGAGGAGGCGGUGCGGCGCGCCUGUCACAUCGCCACAGCCAGCGUGGCUCGGCCCGGCGCUCAGGUCAGCUUCCCUCGGCGGGACCAGCUGCCGGCUGAGCUGUUUCAGCUCUGAGCUGGGGCUGGCGGGUGACCAAGGGCCGCGGGGGCUGUAAGAAACGGCACGUCUGGGGCCCACGGGCAACGUAGAUGUAGAUCGCAUGGGACCAGUGUAGUUUAGGAUACGGGGUUACCUAUUUGUUAUUCAUAUGCUUACGGGCCGAAUGAUAUUUGGGCACUUCAUUUAAUCGUGGGGAGCUUCAGUAUCGCAUUAUCGCUGGUCAUCAGUUACCAAAAGAGCCAGUAGUAAAGUUUGAUAUGAUUUGAGUAUCGAAGUGUUACUGAAUGUUGUUAUGAACCUGAUGUGAUGAGCCAGUGAAACUUUGUUCAGUUGAUCUGUGAUACUCUGGUAGCUUAUAUCGAAUGAUGGCGGGCUUCGACCUUUUGAAUGUUGUUUUACCAUUUGAGUUCGAUUUAAAAACUUGCUGGUGCAUCCAGAUUCUCAGGACCACAACUUACCAAACGCCCAAUCCGGUACAUGUCUUGUGGAACAACACAAGCUGGCAGUACGGAUUCACCCUUCUCUAUAUACGUUUGAGUCUUUGAUAGCUCAUGUAAUCGCUUGUCAUUUAGCGUUCAUUCCAUGAUAGUCGUGCGGGUAGCACUAAUUCCACGCUAAACGCUGCCUCCCCCAGAAGCGAUGUUGCCUUGUUGAUUGACGUUUGAUCGAAAUGAUGGAUCAAUUGCAUGCUCAUUGGGAACGGCGCCUAGAGCUUAUCAAUUUGGGUCGCAUCUGUUAGCACCAUUCUGCAUUUGAUAUUUUUAGUAUAUUAUGCGCAAUAUCAUGAAAUAUUAGUGUAUCAAUAAUGAAGGAAUUAAAUAUAUGCCACCAAAAUA